AUGACCUGCGGUGCUCAUAUAACAGACGCUGAAACACCGGAAAACUUUAAGGUUUUUGAGCACACGUAUGAGAAAGUCUGGUGGAUCCUGGUAGACCCAGCGAUCGGCCAUGUACCAUCUCCCUGGAGUCCGUACCACCGCAAAGUAGGGAUCCACAAGGACCCACAAAGACAACUCAAACAAGCUCAGACUACUGCGCAGGCCAUUAGUAGUAUAUGCUCGCGUGCGUUCCACUAUGGAGGUAUAGUCCCCGGCACGUUCCGAAGAUUAGCGGCUAGGCUUCUGGCUCGAUAUACCUUUCGAGUUAUCAUUGACGGUAUCAGUUCAGCAGUGAAACAAUCGAACACAGUGACGAACAGCUCGAUUUUUCUUGUCGCACAAUUUUGGUACUUGAUCCUAUCACAGUUAACGCUUUCGGCUCUGAUGGGUGCUUGGACACCUCUGACAGCUGUAUCUGCAAGCGUUAGAAAACGUUGGAGGCUCGGUCCCGUCGUGCGCGACGGUAUAAGCCAUUCGCAGUAG